CGCUGGGUGGAAACUCGAUACUCGAUACGGCGAUAAACGCGGGCCGAUAACGGCCGAUACCGAAUUGUGCGUCUUGUGAGAUGUUCGCGAGAUUGCUGACCACUCAUUCUUCUGGCGCGACGAGGGAGCGUACACGAGGAUGUCGUGGUUGGGCGCAUACGAACUCACGCACCCGGAAUCGCUGUCGGAGCGUCAGCUCCGCGAGGUCUUGAAGAACAGUUGUAUUGAUAUCCGUAAUUUUGAGAAGCUGUGCAAAAGUGAACUGUUGGAAAUAUAUAAACGAGUCGCUAUGCCUUUACCGCAACGACAACGCGGUAAUGCCAAGGAUUCGGACAAAGAAGUAGGAAUAAUAACGGAGAAAUCAAUCGCAGCUGUGAGUGAUGAUACGCACAGCUCAACCCACUUAAAUAAAGGAAGUAAGAGAAUGUCACAUUCAUCCUGUCCUCAGACCGAUAAACCUCCUGUCAACGACGAGAAAUCAAUGCAGAAAAGGAUCCGGUUAUGUUCGUCGAAAGCAGAAGUUACUUUCAACGGAAGUAAACGCAACUGCGGUGAGCAACCCGAGUCUAUAAUCGCUCUGAUCGCAACAAUACUCGCGGUAUGCGGAGGUGCAGCUGUCCCGUUGCCAGCAUUACCAGCGGUUCCGGCAGUCCCAGCCGGCCCGGCUGCUCUUCCGAUCGCCAAGCUUCCAGUUGACGUCGCGAACUUUGAUCCCCAUCCUCAGUACGCCUACGCAUACGACGUGCAGGAUACGUUAACGGGCGACGCAAAGAGUCAGCACGAGAGCAGAAACGGCGAUGUCGUUAGCGGCAGCUACAGUCUCAUCGAGGCCGACGGCACUAGGCGAAUCGUCGAUUACACCGCUGAUCCCGUGAACGGAUUCAACGCCGUGGUGCGUCGAGAACCCCUAGCGGUGGUGAAGCCUGUCAUCAAGGUCCCGGCGUCACCACUCGUUUAUCGCCCUUGAGAAAGAUUUUUGUAUUAUAGGAUGAGAAGACUAGUCAUAUUGUAUACUGCAUCGAUGAUAUUGACGAUGAAUUGUUAAUGUACUGAUCUUUAUUAAAACUUUUUUACAUGAAUUA